CUUUAUUCAGAUGAAGUUCAAAUUGGUCCAGAAACAGUCAUGACUACUUUAUACACUGCUAAAAAGUAUGCAGUCCCAGCCCUGGAAGCACAUUGUGUGGAUUUUCUAACGAAGCACCUCCGAGCAGAUAAUGCCUUUAUGCUGCUAACUCAAGCUCGUUUAUUUGAUGAACCUCAGCUUGCUAGUCUUUGUCUUGACACAAUAGACAAAAGUACUAUGGAUGCAAUAAGUGCAGAAGGCUUUACUGAUAUUGAUAUAGACACAUUAUGUGCAGUUCUAGAAAGAGAUACCCUUAGUAUUCGAGAAAGUAGACUCUUUGGAGCUGUUGUUCGCUGGGCAGAAGCAGAAUGUCAAAGACAACAACUGCCUGUGACAUUUGGAAACAAACAAAAAGUCCUUGGAAGAGCUCUUUCCUUAAUCCGUUUUCCAUUAAUGACUAUUGAAGAGUUUGCAGCAGGCCCUGCUCAGUCUGGAAUCUUGUCAGACCGGGAAGUUGUAAAUCUCUUUCUGCAUUUUACUGUCAAUCCUAAACCUAAAGUAGAUUAUAUUGACCGACCAAGAUGUUGCCUUAGAGGAAAAGAAUGCAGCAUUAACAGGUUCCAGCAAGUGGAGAGUCGCUGGGGCUAUAGUGGAACAAGUGAUCGGAUUAGGUUCACAGUUAAUAGAAGAAUUUCCAUAGUAGGAUUUGGAUUAUAUGGAUCUAUUCAUGGACCCACAGACUAUCAAGUUAAUAUACAGAUAAUUGAUUAUGAGAAGAAUCAAACACUAGGACAAAACGAUACUGGAUUUAGUUGUGAUGGAACGGCCAGUACAUUCAGAGUUAUGUUCAAAGAACCAAUAGAGAUAUUGCCAACGGUUUGCUACACAGCUUGUGCAACAUUGAAAGGUCCCGAUUCCCACUAUGGAACAAAAGGUUUGAAGAAAGUGAUCCACGAAUCUCCUACUGCUAGCAAAACAUGCUUUGUCUUUUAUAGUUCACCAGGUAACAACAAUGGUACAUCAAUAGAAGAUGGGCAGAUACCAGAAAUAAUAUUUUAUACAUAAUUUCACAUGAUAAUCCCAAAUGUGUAUCAGCGGACUUCAGCUCACUAUUGGCGGCAGUUAAAAAAUUCUGUGAAAUUACAUGAAUGUGUGAGAACAAAACUAAUUUGUUUGAGCGGUACUGGAAAAGCUGUUUUCUCUGCAUCGUUACUGGCAGAACGUAAUUUAGCUUUUCCUCUUAACAAAAUGUCAAGUGGACUAAGUACUCUGUGUAUUGAAAAGAUUGUUUUAAAUACCGUCUUGUGAUUAAUUGCUUUGUAUUUUCACCUCUUCAUUUCUCAUGUAAUAGAAUUCAUUUUUGGAACUGGAAAA